UUUAUGAGUCUACCUUUGCCCAAAGAUGAAGUUGAAAGGCAAAGCAAAUACUUCUUGGAAAAAAUGACAAUGUUUUGUGAUUUCACUGACAACGUAAAAGGCUGGCUCUUUGAGGCGGGUCAUCCAUAUGUUGAAACAAAUAAAGACGAUCCUGACAAUCAAUGUGUUGCUGAUGGAAUACAUCCUGAAGAUAGUGCCUCCAAUGUUGCAAGUAUAAAAUCAAGUUCGCUAAGAUCACACUCCCGACUAUCACGGAGUUCAUCAAUAUCAUCUGCACGUAUCAAAGCUGAGGCCGAUAAGGCAGCGCUUGUGGAGCGCAUCGCUGCGCAAAAAAGGAAACAUCAAAUAGAAGCGCAACAGGAAAAACUGAGGAGAGAAAAGGAACAACUUGAGCUUGAAACGGAACUGGCAGCAACAAAGGCAAAGCUUCAAGUCUUGGAAAUCCGUUCACAGUGUGGCUCAAAACAUUCAAACGGCAUGAACUCUUAUUUUGAAAGGAACAACUCUCACGGUGCGAGUGAAUUAAAUCCCCAUGCCAACACCUUUGUGCCUGAUAAAAUAAAAAAAAAAGAUCAUGCUCUUGGUUUGUCUGCUCCUGAACUCCAACCACCAGUGGUUAAGCCUAAACAAAAACAAAUGGAUGAAAUGACAUUAAAAGUUGAAGCUCCAGUUCAUGUGAUGCAAACUGUAAAUGGAACUCAAAUGGGACAUGCUCACCAUCAAACUGCUCUGACUGACAACCAUCAAAAUGACAUUGUGAACAUUAUGCAAAGACAAAAUGACAUUGCUGCGUUGCUUGUCCAACAAAAUCUGUGCUCUAACCUCCCAUCUAGGAAUAUCCCUGUUUUUGAUGGAGACCCACUCCAAUACAGGUCUUUCAUCAGAGCUUUUGAAAAUGGAGUGGAGGAGAAAACAGACAAUUGGAGUGACUGUUUGCACUUUCUUGAACAGUACACCAGGGGGCAGCCAAAAGACCUGGUGCACAGUUGUCAGCACUUGCCUUCAGAGCAGGGAUACCACCGAGCCAAGAGUCUUCUUGCGGAGCACUUUGGAAAUGAACACAAAAUUGCAGCUGCAUACAUGGAAAAAAUACUUACCUGGACACCUGUAAAAAGUGAGGACAUUAAAGGGUUGCAAUCAUUCUCUUUGUUUCUACGUGGAUGUUCAAACUUAACAGAGCAACUGCUGAACAUGAAAGAGCUGGACUUACCAUCUAACAUGAGGAGCAUCAUUGUGAAACUUCCUUACAAGUUAAGGGAAAGAUGGAGAAAUGUUGCUUGUGAUCUGCAAGAACGAAGAGGUAACAGAGCAAUGUUCGCUGAUCUUGUUGGUUUUAUUGAAAGACAAGUCAAAAUUGCUUCAGAUCCAGUUUUUGGCAACAUUCAAGACCCACAGCUCACCAACUCCAAAGCUUCCACUGUUAGUCACUUCAAACAAAGGAAAAAGGGAAGCAGCUUUGCUACUAACGUCACUACAGUAAAGGAUGGAGUCAUAACUCAACAUACAGGAAACAAGAUCAAGUCCUCCACUCUCAACUGCCUGUUCUGUUCACAAGUUAAUCAUUCAAUGGACCAAUGCUCACAGUUCAAGAUGACAGUACACAGGGACAAGAUUAAUUUCAUUAAAGAAAAAGGAAUCUGUUUUGGUUGCCUGAAAAAAGGCCACACUAGCAAAUACUGCAGGAGUCGUUUGGAUUGCAACGUGUGUCACCAAAAGCACCCAAGUGUCCUUCAUAUAGAGCGUCAGGAUAAAGCCACACCCUCUGAUCAACAGUCUGUGAGCUCUUCAAAUGUUUCACCUGCAGUGUUUCAGACCUGUGGCCAUAUUGGGGCCGGUCAGGAAGAUGCCUCCAUUUUUUCUAUUGUUGCAGUCAAAGUCAAGAGUCAGAGGAGCAACAAAACUGUGCAGACGUAUGCUUUCUUGGAUCCUGGGAGCUCAGGAACAUUUUGUACGGAGAACUUGGCAAGAAAAUUGAAUGUGAGAGGUAAAAGGACAAGUAUUCUGUUAAGAACAAUGGGUCAAAAGAAGAUAGUAAAUGCUCAUGUGUUGUCAGGUCUGGAAGUGUCUGGUCUGAAUAUGAAUGACUUUAUUGAGUUACCUGAUGUUUUAACACAAAAGAACAUGCCUGUCUCAUCACUCAAUAUUCCACGACAAGAGGACGUUGAUCAGUGGUCGUAUCUCAAGGCUGUUCAACUUCAUGACAUUGAGGAAGGUGUUGAUCUGCUCAUUGGAACUGAUGCACCAAAAGUGAUGGAGCCUUGGGAGCUCAUAAACAGCCAGGAUGAAGGACCUUAUGCUGUCAGAACCAGGGUCGGUUGGGUCAUUAAUGGUCCACUUCGUGGUGGGAGCAACAAGAAUAAAAGUGACUGCUCUGCUGUAACAUCCAACCGGAUCUCUGUUGAACAUCUUCAGGAAAUGCUGGUUAAACAGUUUAACCAUGAUUUUAAUGAGAGGUCAUCAGAUGAACAGAUUGAAAUGUCCAGAGAGGAUGUCAAGUUUAUGAAUGUUAUGAAUAACACCACAAAGUUAAUUGGAAGCCAUUACUGCAUUGACUUACCCUUCAGGCAGGAAAACCCUCUCAUGCCAAAUAAUCGUCAUGUUGCAGAACAGCGCCUCCAGAGCCUGAAAAGAAAGUUUGCCAAGAAUGGUCAAUUUAAAGGAGAGUACAUCACAUUUUUAAACAACAUGGUGGCUCAAGGAUAUGCUGAAGUGGUGCCUUCUGAUCAACUUAAACAGAGUGAUGGAAAUGUAUGGUAUAUCCCUCAUCACGGGGUUUAUCAUCCCAGAAAAGGCAAGCUGCGAGUUGUUUUUGACUGUGGAGCAGCAUACAAAGGGACGUCACUGAACUGUCAGCUUUUACAGGGCCCUGACUUUACCAACUCUCUAGUUGGAGUCCUUGUUCGAUUUAGACAAGAGCCCGUUGCAGUAAUGGCCGACAUCCAAGCAAUGUAUCACCAAGUUCAUGUUUCUGAAAAGCACAUCAACUUUCUCCGCUUUCUCUGGUGGCCUGGGGGAGACGUUUCACAGGCUCCAGUGGAACAUCGCAUGAAAGUUCAUUUGUUUGGAGCUGUGUCGUCACCAAGCUGUGCAAAUUAUGCAUUGAGGAGAACAGCAGAUGACAAUGCCGAACAUUUCCCCCAUGAAGUGGUCAAUACAGUAAAGUGUAAUUUUUAUGUCGAUGAUUGCUUGAAAUCAGUGGCCUCAGAGGAGGUGGCAGUGCAAGUGGUCAAGGAUGUGACUGCGCUUUGUCACAAAGGAGGAUUUAAUCUUUCCAAAUGGAUCAGCAACAGCCGAACAGUGCUGCUGUCAAUUGCUGAAGACUGCAGAGCAAAGGAAGUGAUGGAGCUGGAUUUGGAUGUGGACCAGCUUCCGAUGGAUCGAGCUUUGGGGCUACAGUGGUGCAUUGAAACUGACAAAUUCAAGUUUAGAACCUCAGUGCAAGAACAGCCACAGACAAGAAGAGGUAUUUUGUCAGUGGUCAGCUCACUUUAUGACCCCUUAGGUUUUUUGUCCCCACUCACCAUUCCAGCCAAGCUGUUGUUACAGGAGCUUUGUAGGAGAAGCUUGGGGUGGGAUGAAGCUAUCCCCCAUUCUCUCUCCAAGAAGUGGUUUGAGUGGUUGGAGGAUCUUCAGAAGGUGGCUGAAUUCAAUGUGGAUCGCUGUAUGAAACCCAGAGACUUUGGAGACCCUGCCACUGCACAGCUUCACCACUUCUCUGACGCCAGCCAAGUUGGAUAUGGAACAGUGUCCUAUUUGAGACUGGAAAAGGAUGACAGCGUUCAGGUUUCAUUUCUGUUGGGAAAGGCCAGAGUUGCUCCACUCAAGCAGACAACAAUUCCUCGACUGGAACUCACAGCAGCAGUUCUUGCAGUUCGAGUUGACAAGAUGCUUCAGAAGGAGUUGCAACUUAAGCUGGAAAAGUCAGUUUUCUGGACCGACAGCACAACUGUUCUUAAAUACAUCUGUAAUGAAACCAGACGAUUUCAAACUUUCGUGGCAAACAGAGUCUCCUUCAUCAGAGGAGCAUCAGAUACUGAUCAGUGGAGAUAUGUUUGUUCUAAGGAGAAUCCAGCAGAUGAUGCAUCAAGAGGAAUGACGGCAGAUAAUUUCCUGACAGGCAGGAGAUGGAUAAAUGGGCCGAAGUUUCUCUGUGGGCCAAAGGAGGUUUGGCCUAAAUUGGAUGCUGAUCUUCAUGUUAUUCCUGCAGAUGACCCAGAGGUCAAAAGGGAGUUGACUGUAAAUUCUGUUGUUGUGGAUUCUGAAAGUGCCACAGAUCGCCUGCUCUGUUACUUUUCAUCCUGGACGAGACUAAAAAGGUCUGUUGCCUGGUUGCUGAAGGUCAAGAGAACUCUUGUGUUAUUGGGACAGAAGAAAAAGGAGCUGUGUGCCUCUAAAUAUCUCAGCCAGGACAAGCUGGAGCCAAAAGAGCAGGAAGUGAAAAGGAAAAUUCAGAGCUUUAAAGCCACACUCAAAGGACAAAUCUUGACUCCUGAAGAUCUGGAAAAAGCAGAACAACGCAACAGAGGGAAACUCCUUGAACAGAAGAUGGCGGACUUGCCUGAGGAAAGAGUGGUGCCUGAUAGAGCCCCUUUCACAGAUGUUGGAGUUGACUAUUUCGGGCCCAUUGAGGUUAAAAGAGGCAGAAGUCUUCUUAAAAGACGAGGCCCAAUCUCCACCAUCAGGUCUGAUAACGGCACAAACUUUGUUGGAGCUAACCGGGAGCUGAAGGAAAGUCUGGCUGGUUUAAAUCAUGGCAAAAUUCAGAGAGCGUUGGUCCAGGAUGUUCUCAAACAGCAAAUUCUCGAUGAUGAAGGGCUCCAAACUGUUUUUUGUGAGGCUGAGGCCAUAUUGAAUGACAGACCCAUCACUAAAGUCUCUGAUGACCCGGACGACCUGGAGGCACUCACACCUAACCACAUUCUGAUGUUAAAGGGGAAGCCAAUCAUGCCACCAGGACUGUUUGACCGCAAUGAUUUGUACAUCAGGAAAAGGUACAGACGGGACUACAGAGAUCGUCGGCACAAUCAUCGCUUUCACAGUGAUCAUUUGUCUCCUCACGAUCGACAUAACAGAGACUGGGACUCUGAGCGUCACUAUGAGCGAACAGUCCACCACCCCAGGGAGAGCUACCGCGACAGGUCCCCUCACCAUUACCACCGCUAA